UUUGUUUCUCUUUUUCUCAACGCAAGAGCACUCGAGCCUGUCCUCGACGACGGCCGGGGAAGUAUCCUGAGCCAUGGCGCCCAUCGUCAACCCUCAAGAGAGCAUUGAGGCUUUCCGCCAUCGCCUUGAUGGCGUCUCGAUAUUUACCUAUAUCAUGAUCAUGGUGCUCGUUCCUCUAAGAAUCUGGUGUCGUUACCGCCAUCGGGGGUGGCGCAACGUGCAAUGGGAUGACUACAUGGCUCUGGGCGCGUUAGCAAUUGCAAACGGCUUCUUUUACGUGUGCAUUAUCGGUAUGCGGGAAUCGUUGGGCCUUCACAUCAACGAGAUUGAGAACCCACUCCAAAUCGUGGCUUUCCUAAAGAACGUUUACGUGGGCAACAUACUCUACACCCUGAGUAUCACGACAAUCAAGCUCUCUGUGCUGGCUUUCUACUGGCGGUUAUUCGAAAUCAAGGCUCGAAUCACCAUUUGCGUUGUCACUGCCGCUGCAGUUGCCUGGUGUAUUGCCAUUUUACUCUGUGUCAUUCUCAGCUGCCUCCCUGUUCGAGCUGCCUGGGACAUCACCAUCACAGACGCAAAAUGCAUUGCCCUCCGUGGCAUCUACCUCGGCGGCUCAGUCCCCAAUGUCUUCCUCGACCUCUUCAUCGUUCUCAUGCCUCUACCACACGUUUGGCGCUUGAACGCGCCAUUCGCGCAGCGCAUCGUGCUCGCGGGCAUGUUUGCGCUCGGCACAUUCAUCGCCGUCGUGUCCCUCGUGCGCCUCAUCAUCUUCCUACAGAUUCCCAUUGCUACGCAAGGCGAUGUGACAUACAACUUCCGCGAGAUCAUUAUGUGGUCGAUCGUUGAGGUCAACGUGGGUCUGGCGUGUGCUUGUCUGCCCAGUUUGAAGCCUGUAUUCAAGAUGGUGGGACUGAACAAACUCUUCUCUUUCUCUUCAUCUCGGCCUUCGAACGUGGAAUCUCCAGUGGCCUCACACCAGUACGCGACUGGCGGCUCGUCGGGUUCUAGGCCGCGUAAGAAGGGCGCUACUGGCGGCUUGUUCUCCACGCUGGCGGGCAUGAGCAGGAUGGAUGAUGAAGAAGAAACCAAAUUUGCGAAUGAUGAAUCUGGCAAAAACAAUGCCGAGAUCGAGUUGGCGCGUGUGAGCGACGAUAGUGCACAGAGGAAUACGGUGAGCGGCAUCAAUGUGCAGAAGAACUGGAGUGUCUUUGUGGAUGAGAGGAAAGGUGGUCGGUAACAGAAGUUCACGACAUCGAUGAUGGAUCAAGCGCACUGUCUGCUGCAUCGACCUCUGGAUGCAAAAGCAGUAGAAAAGGGUGCAAGUUUUCGACACAUACGUUUGGUAUUUUAAAAGUGACCGCGGCGGUCCUCGUUUCUUUCUUCUCGGCCCAUUGACUGCGGCUUUGUAGCUUCGGAAGCUUUCUUAAUCAAGCAGGGAACAUAGGAAAAGGAAUAAUUGUGCAUUCGAGGUUGGGAAAAGGCUGGAGAUGUAGGCAGG